UUUUUUUUUAUUAAAAUAUUUUUUCCCCCCAAAGUCCUCCUCGUACCUAAGCGGUUAAUUAAAUAUCUAAUUUGUUCUAAGAAAAUAAUAAUCGCUAUAGUGUUUUCUUUUUCGCGCGUGUGUGUCCCCUGUGAGUUCCGAAUAUUCCUCCUACCGACCUGUUCUGUUAACGCGGCUGCCGACCGCCGCCAUAGCGCGCCCCCGAAGCCCCGUGUUAUGCACUGAACGCCAGCCGACCGCGCCACAAUGGCCGCCGCCGCAGUGGAAAUCAAACCGAAUUUCGUCAAAGGCGUCGCCUGUUUCAUCAGCGAUUUAUCGUACCGCGAGGCAGUGGAAAAUUCCGUAAAUUACAACACGAGACUAUGCAUCGAACGUCGCAUGAGGAUGCCGUUUUUAGACACGCAAACGGGCGUCGCACAAACGCACUCGAGCCUUUUGAUGCACGAGCGGCAACGGAUGCCCGGCAUCGGCACCGGACAGAUUUACACGUACCCGUCGAAACGUUGGCGGAAAAAACGUAGACAAUACCUGCUGAAUUCGUGCAACAGCGGCUCUGUCAAUGCGUCCGUGUUCAACAACUCGUCGGGAAAGCGCAAAGAAUCCGGUCUCAACAGCGGCGGCGAUUCGGGCGACGCCAGCUCGUUCAACAUAGAUUUGCACACGGGCGACAGCCAAAACGCGAUAUCCAACAACGAGGACAGCAAAGACAGUCUGGCGACCAGCACGAUUGUGCCCAAAGACGAACAGUCGAGUCAAAACAGUUCCAGCAAUCCCAAAGUGUCGGAUCAGUGGUACUACGACGAAUUCGAAAUGCAAGAAAUGGAAGGGUUCGAAGAGCCCGACGCCGAUUCGGAUUACGAUUACGAGGAGAGCUAUACGAAACGGAAAAAGCGAAAGGGCGGCAAGCCGGGACGCAACAGCGCCAACAACGAGGGAACGUCCAGUCGUCGCAGCGUCAAGGGUUCGACGUCCGGAAGAGGCAGAAAGAAAGGCAUGAGCAGCAGCGCAUUCAUGGACAUGCAGGACCCGGACAAACCGUACUCGUGUGACCUGUGUGGAGCUCGGUACAAGACCCGUCCCGGUCUGACUUAUCAUUACACCCAUUCGCACAAGGAUAAACCCGCGGCCGCGGCCGCGGCGGCGGACGAAGAGGCCAGCCAAGAGGGAGGUCUAGGCUCGUCCACGCCCGUGUCUCCGCAAACGCAGCAGCAGUCGCACCACCAUCAUCCGUUCGAACAGCAACCGCAACAGACUACAACAGGUCCGUCGAGCAGCGGCAACAACAGCUCGUCCGCGUCGUCGCCGACGCCUCACUCGUCGAAACGCAUGUCGGCCAGAAUGUCGCACAACAACAUGCUGCUGAACACCUCGCCCGUGGUGCUGUUGAACGCCAACGACGCUGCCACCGGCGCAGCAGCGUAUUCUUCGUCGUCGUCGUCAUCGUCGUCGGCACCGACCCCGUCAAAAGCCGGCGGCAACAAGCCGGUGCCCAGAGAAGGCUACGGCAAGGGCAAAGCCGCCGCCGGAGGAGGAGCCAACAAAUCCAUUAACCCAUCACCUUACUGCGACUUCUGUUUAGGCGACGCAGUGUCCAACAAGUCCGGUCAACCGGAAAUAUUGAUUUCCUGUUCAGAUUGCGGCCGUUCAGGGCAUCCGACUUGUUUGCAGUUUACGGCCAACAUGAUCAUAUCGGUCGGCAAAUACCGUUGGCAGUGUAUCGAGUGCAAAUGUUGUUCCAUUUGCGGCACAUCCGACAACGACGAUCAACUUUUGUUCUGCGACGAUUGCGACCGCGGCUAUCACGUGUACUGUUUGACGCCGCCGUUGACGUCGCCGCCCGAAGGAUGUUGGAGCUGCAAAUUGUGUAUAAAAGAAUUCCAUUCGAAUUAGACCACCUGGUUGCGGCGGUGUUGUCCUUGCGACCGACAAAAAAAAAAAAUCAUACCUUUUGUUUUAUAAAGUUGACUCCUCUUAUGUUAUUAUUUUUUUAUAUGAAAUCAUUUCCAAACCUCUUAUGUGGUUAUGUAUGUGUGUGUGUGACCGUCGUCCUCUCGAGCACAAACCAAAAUUAAAAAAAAAAAAUAGUCCUUAAGAUUGUGUUUAAUAUAUAAUUUUUCCCCCCCACAAUCGGCAGGUUCAACCGCCGCCGCGUAUGUCUUAGAUGUUUAAGGUCCCCGUCAGUAUUACGAUUAUUCUUAAGUGUCUUUGUGUUUAUUUAUAUGUGUAAUUUUUUUUUUUUUUUUGCCCUUUCGGCUCGAGUACACAGCAGUAUUUUUUUUUUUAAUCGUUAAUUUAUAUUUUAUACAUUCGCCGAUUCAAACGGAACGUUUAUCUUUUAUUACGUGUACUUAUUAUUAACGUGUUUCGUAAAAUCUUUUUAUCGUACUAUCGACAGUGAUUUAAUAAUUAACCUUAUAUAUAUGUGUGUGUGUGUGUGUGUGUACGUAUUUAUAUAUAAAUUUUUUUUUUGUAUUUUGUCUUAAACGUAACAAUUAGUGUUUUUGUGUAUACGUAUAGAAACGUGUGAGUUUUUUGUGACUAUUUAACAGAAAUAUUUUUAAAAUUAUUUAUACCAUUUCUUUUUUUUUU